AUGUGUCCUGACUGUGCACCAGGAGGAAAGGUGAUGAGCACUGGAGCAUUUGACAGGGUUGUGGAACCCCAGCUGGGAAGUCAGGGAGAGCUCCUUGGGGAGGUGACUCUCUCAGCUGAGAUCCGGAGGAUGUGUAGGAGUCAGCCAGAAAGCAACACAAAGGGGGGAAAAGAUGCAAAGGCCAUCUUUGAGGAAACCAGGAGAGAUCUGACAAUGGAAUCACAGUUCGGUGGAAAAGCAGGUAACAGCAGGGCAGGUCGGAAAGGGGCUCAGGAGGAAGCAGAGAAUUCAUCUUUCAGAGUGAGAUGUGGGGGGGUUUCGGUACCUGCGCUCUGGAGUGAAGUGAACCGUUAUGGCCAGAACGGCGACUUCACGCGCGCUCUCAAAACCGUCAACAAGAUACUGCAGAUCAACAAGGAUGAUGUAACUGCCCUACACUGUAAAGUUGUGUGCCUUAUCCAGAAUGGAAGUUUCAAGGAAGCCUUGAAUGUCAUCAAUACUCACACCAAAGUGUUUGCCAAUAACUCUCUUUCCUUCGAGAAGGCAUACUGUGAGUACAGGCUGAACAGAAUUGAGAAUGCCUUGAAGACAAUAGAAAGUGCCAACCAGCAGACAGACAAACUAAAGGAGCUUUAUGGACAAGUGUUGUACCGAUUAGAACGCUAUGAUGAAUGCCUGGCUGUGUAUAGAGAUCUUGUCCGAAACUCUCAAGAUGAUUAUGAUGAGGAGAGAAAAACAAACCUUUCAGCAGUUGUUGCAGCUCAAAGUAACUGGGAAAAAGUGGUUCCAGAGAACUUGGGUCUCCAAGAAGGCACACACGAACUGUGCUACAAUGCUGCAUGUGCGCUGAUAGGACAAGGCCAGCUGAACCAGGCAAUUAAAAUCCUGCAAAAAGCUGAAGAUCUUUGCCGCCGUUCAUUAUCAGAAGACUCUGAUGGGACUGAAGAAGACCCACAGGCAGAACUGGCCAUCAUCCACGGGCAGAUGGCCUAUAUUAUGCAGCUUCAGGGUCAUACAGAGGAGGCUUUGCAACUUUACAAUCAGAUAAUAAAACUAAAACCAACAGAUGUAGCACUGCUAGCUGUGAUUGCAAAUAACAUCAUUACAAUUAACAAGGACCAAAAUGUCUUUGACUCCAAGAAGAAGGUGAAAUUAACCAAUGCAGAAGGAGUGGAGUUUAAGCUUUCCAAGAAACAACUGCAAGCUAUAGAAUUUAACAAAGCUUUACUUGCUAUGUACACAAACCAGGCAGAACAGUGUCGCAAAAUAUCUGCCAGUUUACAGUCCCAAAGUCCUGAGCAUCUCCUUCCUGUGUUAAUCCAAGCUGCCCAGCUCUGCCGUGAAAAGCAGCACACAAAAGCAAUAGAGUUGCUUCAGGAAUUUGCAGAUCAGCAUCCAGAAAACGCUGCUGAAAUUAAGCUGACCAUGGCACAGCUGAAAAUUUCCCAAGGUAAUAUUUCCAAAGCAUGUUUGAUAUUGAGAAGCAUAGAGCAGUUAAAAGCAUAAACCAGGCAUGGUGUCUGCAUUAGUGACAAUGUACAGCCAUGAGGAAGAUAUUGACAGUGCCAUUGAGGUCUUCACACAAGCUAUCCAGUGGUAUCAAAACCGUCAGCCCAAAUCUCCUGCUCAUUUGUCCUUGAUAA